CCUGCAAUAGUAGACGAGGAUGUGGAUUUAGAUACUGUUGCGCGUCGUGUGCUAUGGGGCAAAAUGCCUAAUAGUGGACAAAUCUGCAUUGCUGUUGAUUACGUAAUAUGUAUUGGCAGGAAAGAAGAAUUGAUCAAGAAACUCAAAGAAUAUUUAAAGGAAUUUUAUGGCGAAAAUCCAAAAGAGUCUGCGGAUUACUCUCGAAUUAUAAACGAACAAAACUUUGACCGUCUAUCGAAAAUACUGGCAACGACAAAGGCGCAGAUAGCGCUAGGUGGACCACUGGAUCGUGACGACAGAUAUAUUCCACCGCAUAUUCUGGAUAACGUUCAGGAAGAUGAUUCGGUGAUGCAGGAGGAGGCAGCUUUUUGA